AUGGAAGAAAUCAAGCACGCCCAUGUGGCAGAGAUUGGCACUGGUACUAAAGUGUUGUUCCAUCAUGGAUUCCCUCAAAUAUGGUACACAUGGAGCUACCAAAUGAUUGCUGUUGCAAAAGCUGGAUCUAGAGCAGCAGCCUAUGAUUUUAGGGGCUAUGGACUCUCUGAGCAGCCAGCUGAACCUGAGAAAGGGGGCUUCUUGGACCUUGUAGAGGAUACUAUAUAUUGCCCUUCUUGA